AUGAGCCCCGAAAAGCAAUCGAUUUUCAAGACGACUAAAGUGUUGAUCUUGGGCGAUGAAGCCAAAAGUAAGGAAGAGCGAAAGCUUGUUCAAAAAUUGGAUUUCUUCAUCCUGACAUAUUGUUGUUUGAGUUUCUUCUUCAACUAUCUAGAUCGAUCCUCGUUUGCCAAUGCCUACGUAGCUGGGCUUCAGGAGGCCUUGAGCCUCGAAGGGACAAACUACAAUGUACUCCUAUCGAUGACGACCGCAGGCUAUACGAUCGGCCAGAUCCCUCACAGCAUUGCCAUACAAAAGAUUGCUCCGCGCAUCUGGUUCCCGAGCAUGGUCAUCAUUUGGGCCGGUCUGACCAUGUGCUGCGCUGCAUGCAAGACGUACGCUCAACUUUGCGUCGUACGCUUCUUCAUGGGCCUCGUUGAAGCCAGCACUUAUUGCGGUACCCUCUAUGUUAUCGGCUCUUGGUACAAGCCACGCGAGAUUGCCAAGCGCACUGCCAUUUUCACCGCCUCCGGUCAGGCUGGAUCCAUGUUUGCUGGCGUGAUGAUGACUGCCAUAUACUCUGGCAUGAAUGGCUAUUCUGGCCUGGCAGGAUGGCAGUGGGUCUUUAUCAUUGACGGCAUCAUCACUUGCCCUAUAGCCAUCAUGGGCUUCCUCUACUUUCCCGACGUUCCCGAGAACACCAAAGCGCCAUACUUGAGCGAGUCGGAUAAACAAUUGGCUCUCUCUCGACUGCCGCCAAAAAGAGAAGACGGCCACAAUAUCAAUCCAUGGUCAUUGGCCAAGCGAACGUUUACCUCGCCUGCCUUCUAUAUUCUGUCGCUCUUCUCGAUGGUUUGCGGCGCCCUCGAAGCAUUCUGCGUGCAAGGUUUAUACUUGCUAUGGCUCAAAUACCAAUCCACAACGCAUGGUUCCUUUAGUCAAGCCCAAAUCAACACGUAUCCGUUGGGUAUUCAAGCCGUCGGCAUCGUUUCCAACCUCAUGGCUUCUGUAUACAUUGAUGCCACUGGUCGCCGGGUACCCAUGGGUAUCCUGGCGUGCGGAUUACAACUGGCGUCGACCAUUAUACUAAUCAUUCCCCACGUCUCCUUUGCAGCCACCAUGUUUGCAUUUUACUGUGCGGGUACCUCGUACAUUGUGAAUCCGCUCCUGUUUGGCUGGGCCAACAUUAUCUGCCAGCGCGGAGGCGACGAUGCUCUCCGCUCGGUCAUCUUGGCCUCCAUGAAUGCCGCAAGCCAGAUCCUCUACGUCUGGUGGGGAAUCGUUUUAUAUCCUGCUGAUGAGGUGCCAUACUGGCAAAAAGGCUCGAUUGGCAUGUUGGUCGUAAUCGUCUUGCUGUUGGCACUUUUAUGGGCUGUCCAUUGGCUCGACGAGUACACAUUGGCAAAGUUUCCCGACACUCCCGUGCAUGAGUCUGCCGAGUCUGUGGAUGGAAUUGAAGGAGACUUUUCCGUCAAGGAGAAAGAGAAGGAACUGAUCCGGACGGGGGCGCCCGCCAACGGGGCUGGUGCGGAGGUCCCCUGCUAG